CUGGCAGCGCCAUCCGUCACCCCCUGUGCUUGUCCCCAUCCCCUGGGGGACCCCGGGGACAGGGUGGGGACAAGCUGGGGACACCCCUGUCCCUCCGCAGGUGCUGGGGACCAUCCUGGGCCUCGCCGUCGUCGCCAUGGCCGCCGCCGCGCUGGGCUGGUGGCUGCGCCUCAAGAAGGUCCCCGCGCAGGAGCCGCCGCGCUACCGCUUCCGCAAGCGGGACAAGGUCCUGUUCUACAGCCGCAAGAUCAUGCGUAAGGUGUCCCAGUCCACCUCGUCGCUGGUGGACGUCAGCACGGCCAGCGGCGCCGCGCGGCCCCGCAGCCGCAAGAAGCUCAAGGUGCUCAGCAUCGCCAAGAAGUGA